AAAAAAAAAAAAAUUCUAAAAAUAUGACGACCCCGACGGAUAGAGAAUUAUCAGAUGUUACUCUUGCUUUAGAAAAACUUUGGGAAUUAGAUGAGAAUAGAUUACAACCUGGUGUCGAUUAUGCUCUUAAUUUAGUUUUAGCUCGUGGAAGAAGUGAUAAUACAUCAAAAAAGUUAUUCGAAUUUGUAGACGGUAAAGUUGGUAAAAUACCAACCUUUCAAUUAUUCUAUCAUUUACUUGAUAAUUACAUUCCACAAACCGGAAUUCCGGAAGAAGUUGAUACUCAUGAAUUGGAAGAAAAUCGAGCUUUUAUUAAAGCAUGUUUAGAAACUUCUCCAAUGAUUUAUACCUACAAUUACUUAAAAGCCAAGAAUAAAAUUAAGGGAAGUAUGGCAGAUUUUGAAAAACAACUUCACAAAAUAUGGUUUGAUUUAUAUAGAAGAGAGGGUGAAGAUGAUUCUUCUGCAUUUGAACAUGUUUUUGUUGGUGAAGUUAGAGAUGGUGAAGCAAAAGCAUUUCAUAAUUGGAUUACGUUUUAUUUCAACGAGAAAGUUGGUAAAAUUGAUUAUGAAGGUUUCGUAUCAAAUAAAAAGAACAGAAAUGAAGAACCCGAUCCAAACUCUCAUGUAAUUGAGAUAAGAUUUUCAUUUGAAGGAGCCAAAAAACCAUUUUCAACUUCAUUUGUUGGUACUUCUCCAGAAUUUGAAUUAUCGAUGUAUACUCUACUUUAUUAUAUUGGUAAAGAAAAUACCAAAGUAACAUUUGAUGAUGUUAACCUAAAUAUCAAAGUUUUUCCUUUCUUUGAGAAAGGUGGACAUGGUGAAAGAUUAAUAGGUUCUGCUUUUCCUAUGGUUGUUUACAAUUAAUGUAUGAUAUAAUAUUAUUUAAUGUUUGUUAUAAUCAAAAUAAAGAAUCACUAUGCGUUAAACUACACUAACCUUUAUUAGAUAAUUAAUUGAUAAUUUGAAGUCCGGUUGAGCCUAACCAUU